AUGAUGCAUCGACCCAUCCGCGUGCACGUGGUGUGGUAUGGCAGUGCGUUUACGGAGAGGUUCAAAUCCGCUGUGCGGCUGUUCGUUAGCUCCCUCGCGCCCUCUGCUGACCCUGCUGUCACUGUCCCCCUCUGGUGGAACGUCAACCGCAUGUACUAUGACAGCGACGGCCGCAACGUCACAGCCAACAUCACCCUGGGGCAAGAAGCAACCGCCAUUCUCCUUGUUCCCUCCACUCUUCCUUCUCAUUUGGAAGCGCCCCAAAUACCCCCCCCCCCCCCUCCCUCAUUCUCCUCCACCCCUGUCCCAGUGCCCCUCUGGUGGAAUGUCAACCGCAUGUAUUAUGACAGUGACGGCCGCAACGUGACAGCCAACAUCACCCUGGGGCAAGAAGCAACCGUAUCCAGCAGCGGUAACCUCACCACCUUUGACGCCACAGUGGACGUGGUACGGCAGGUUUUGGACGCAGGGAAGCUGCCGAUAAGCGCGGACGACAUAUACCUCCUGCUGACGGAUAAGAACACGGUGCAGAGCGGUUCGAAGGAGAACGCAGGGGCCCGCUGGUGCAGUAGCUACUGCGCCUGGCACACGUUCUUUGACUAUAACACCACCCCCACCACCACCACCCCCACCACCACCACCACCACCACCACCACCACCACCGCUGCUGCUGCUGCUGCUGCUGCUGCUGCUGCUGCCAGCAGCAUUGUUGCCAAGAUCGCCUGGGUUGGAGACCCCACCAUCUACUGCCCUGGCUGUGGCCUCACCACACCUCUCCUGGACUUCUUCCCAUCCCCCAACGGGGACCCCGUGCACGAGGCCAUCAUCAGCUUCAUCACCCACGAGAUUGCCGAAACCGCCUCCUCCUGGAACAUGCGCACCUGGCUCGACUCCUUCACUGCCCCCUCAACCCACUUCCUAAACCCCAACCCAUCCCUCUUUCCCUUCCUUCACCUGCCAACCCCUCUUCCCCACUUGCCAGUGCCCAGGAUGCGGCCUCACAACGCCGCUCCUGGACUUCUUCCCGGCCCCCAACGGGGACCCCGAUGCGGCCUCACCACGCCGCUCCUGGACUUCUUCCCAUCCCCCAACGGGGACCCCGUGCACGAGGCCAUCAUCAGCUUCAUCGCCCACGAGAUUGCCGAAACCGCCUCCUCCUGGAACAUGCGCACCUGGCUCGACUCGGGCCUCUUCGAAAACGCCGACAAGUGCCAGACGUGGUUUGGAACGUCGACGCAGCUAAACACUGCGACUGCUUCGACUGGGGGGUUGUUUAAUAUGAGGGGGAUUAACGGGUCUAAGUAUAUAGUGCAGGCGAAUUGGGAUCUGGUGCAGAAUAACAAGUGUGUGCUGUUUGCUCCGUAUCCCCCGGAUCCUCCUCCUCCUCCCCCUCCUCCUCCAUCUCCGCCCCCACCCUCUCCUCCCUCUCCCCCUCCCUCCCCUCCUCCCUCCCCUCCUCCAUCCCCCCCUCCUCCUCCCCCCCCUUCUCAACGCGCCCAAUCACCAGCAACGCCGCCUAAAGUUCCUGAUCAUGUUAGGAAUUUCCGAGCGUUCAUUUGCAGAGUGCUCCGGCGGUGCAAAUGA